CUCAUACAUUUUUUUUUCCUUUUUCCUUUUUUUUUUCCUUCCCUUUUUUUUUCAAUGACUGUUCCUCAGACUGAACCUUUACUUCCUCGGCAUGCAUCUAUAACAGUCAUUGAUGACGAAUCACGUUCAGUUAUUUUACCACCAUUACCUCCUUCGAUAGUUCAUGAUGGCACACUCAUGUAUUACAUGGUAUGGACUUGGCGCUUAGUUAUUUUCUCAGCGACAGGUGGCACUAGUUUAAGACUAUGUAAUAUGAUCUUACAACAAGGAUUGGGUAUUACUGUGGCAAGGAUAGGAUGGAUAUUAUAUGGGCUUUUGGUUAGCAUCUUGGAACUAUUGUUUGUCUAUCCUUUCACUUUGUUUAUUAUUGGUACUAUCGGUUGUCAACGUCGAUUUUAUGGUCGUGUUAUCUAUAAAGGCUGGGGAACUUGGCUUUUACCCUGGUCCGUACAAAAAAGAUGGAUUCUGUCCAACUGGUUGUAAUCUCCCUCGCUCUCUCUCUCUCUCUCUUUGUACAUCUUAUAUUAUUCAUCGUUAGUUAUAGAUACUCUUUAAUACAUUCAUACCCCCCAACUCUUAUGUUAUCCAAUUAUACAAUAAACGCGCUUGUGUAAAUAUA